AUGUCAUCCCAAUCCCACCCAAGCAGCCGCCCCGACAUAGAGAAACACCCCGACCCGGACCCCAUCGCCUACGAGGCAGAGGUAUACCAGCGCGGACUGCGCUACCAGCGACCCCCCUUCACCUUCAAGCCCCUCGAAUGGGAGCGUCUAGCCGCGGAGCGCAUGUCCGCCGACACGAGGGGCUACGUGCUCGGGUGCGCGGGCACGGGGGAGACGGCGCGCAAGAACAGGGAGGCUUUCGGGAAAUGGUCUAUCGUGCCGCGGCGAUUGGAGCUAGGGCGAUCCCCCAAAAGGAAUACUACUACUACUGCUAUAAGGGGCAAGGGGGAAGACAACAACAACAAGUCCGGAAAAGUAGGAGUAUUCCCGGAUCUUUCUGUCAACGUGCUGGGCAGAAAGCUCCCGUACCCUAUCGCCUGCGCGCCCGUCGGCGUCCAGAAGAUCAUGAAUCCGGACGGGGAGCUGGCGGCUGCUAGGGCGGCGGCAAGGGAGGGCGUCCCGUUUAUAUUGAGCACGGCGAGUAGUUCCAGCAUCGAGGAUGUGGCGCGGGCGAGCGAUUCCGGGGCGGAGGAGGAGGGAGGGAAAGGGAAAGGGAAAUGGGAAGGGAAGGCGGAGAGGUGGUUCCAGUUAUACUGGCCGGCGAGAGAACACGAUGAUAUUACCGUGUCGUUGCUGGAGCGCGCGAAAAAGGCUGGGUAUAGGGUGUUGGUGGUGACGCUCGAUACGUAUAUCUUGGGCUGGAGGCCGAGUGAUAUGGAUAACGGAUACAACCCCUUCCUCCGCUCCGACCAAGUCGGCAUCGCCAUCGGGCUCUCGGACCCGGCGUUCCGGUCCCACUUCAAAGAGAAGCACGACGGCGUGUCCGUCGACGAUAAUUUGGGCGCCGCGGCGGCAGAAUGGACGCGGACCAUCUUCCCGGGCACGAACCACACCCUCGACGACGUGUCUUUCCUGCGGCAGCACUGGGACGGGCCCCUCGUGCUCAAGGGCAUCCAGAGCGCGUGCGACGCGCGCGCGAUGGCCGCCUCGGGGCUCGUCGACGGCAUCGUGGUGAGCAACCACGGAGGCCGCCAGGCAGACGGGGGCACGAGUUCGCUCGGUGCGUUACAAGGAAUCGUAUCCGCCAUCCGCGCCGUCAACGCCUCUGCACCCGACGGCGGCGAGGGCAAGGGCAAAGCCCAAGUCCAAGUGCUGUUCGACUCGGGGAUCCGCAGCGGCGCCGACGUCGCCAAGGCGCUUGCGCUCGGCGCGGAUAUGUGUCUUGUCGGACGGCCGUACGUGUACGGGCUGGUGCUCGGGGGCGAGGAGGGCGUGGCGCAUGUGCUGCGGAGCUUGCUCGGGGAUCUGGAGCUUACGCUGCAUUUAUCGGGGGUGGGGUCCGUGGCGAAGGAGGAUUUGAAUAGGGGGGUGCUUGUUAGGGAGGAUGAGUUGUUUUAG